AUGGUAGAAUCAAACGGCGCCCAACUAACCGAGCAGGAGGCUGAACUUUACGAUCGGCAGAUACGUCUUUGGGGCUUGGAUUCACAGAAACGCCUACGUUCUGCGCGCAUUUUGAUUUCUGGUUUAAACGGACUAGGAGCCGAAAUUGCAAAAAAUAUCAUUCUAGCGGGUGUGAAGUCUGUGACACUGUUGGACACCCAAAAUGUAAUGGAACAAGACUUUUGCUCUCAGUUUCUGGUACCCCAGUCAGCUGUCGGAACCAACCGUGCGGAGGCAUCGCUUUUCCGGGCCCAACAGCUGAAUCCAAUGGUCGAACUGAAGGCCGACACCGAGUCACUUGACUCUAAAGAUGAUACCUUCUUUAAAAGCUUUGAUGUUGUGUGCCUUGUUGGCGCGUCAACAGUACAGCAAAAGGGGGUAAACAUGGUGUGCCGAGAAGCGAAUGUAAAGUUUUUUGCAACGGAUGUAUGGGGCAUGUUGGGAUUCUCUUUUGCCGACCUACAAAAGCAUGAGUUUGCCGAGGAUGUUGCAAAGUAUGUGGUGGUCUCAAAGCCUCAUGAGAAACCGAAGACUGAAACGGUCACCACCACCGUUAAGCGUACGCUCGAGUUUCCUCCAUAUCAAGCACUGAUGGAUUUUGACUUCAAAGAUCCAUCCUACGCUCGCCAGCUCAAACGAAAUGGUCCAGCGUUGCCAGUGUUACGAGUGUUACAACAAUUCCGCGAUGAUGAGCAACGAGAUCCUGACUACAAAAAGCGUCAAGAGGACUUACUAAAACUGCUCCAGUUGCGUGAUGCCAUGGCACCCGAGAUGAUUCCGGACAACUGUUUUGAACAUGUGUUUGCUCAGAUUUCCCCUGUCGCUGCCAUCAUAGGUGGUGUAGUUGCGCAUGAAAUCAUCAAGGUUGUAUCUCAGAAGGAAGUACCGCACCGAAAUCUGUUUCUGUUUAACCCAGAUAAUUGUUCCGGAUUUGUUGAGCUAGUUGGUGCAGAUAAGUAAUAAAAUACCAGAUUGUCAUCACACUCACAAUAUGAAGAUAGAGACAGGUUCAUACAAAAUGUAAUCAAAUGAUAUGCAAACAUUAUGCGCAUUUUAUUGUAUUAAAUAAAACGAAAAUUUAAAACGUGU